AUGCCCCCCGGUCGCCCGCCUCGAUACACCACCGACGAAGAGCGCCGGAAUGCUGCCCGUGCCUCUCGCUCACGCUAUUACCAACGAAACCGGGAAGUGGAAUGUGCCAAAAUGCGUCAAAAAUACGCGCGUAAGAAUUCCAGUCUACGCUCGUGUGCUUCCGCGAGCACUCCCGAUGAGGCGCCCAAGCAGGGGCGCAUAGUUCGGCGAACGACCCCUGUCAAGCGGCACGAUCUCAGUAAGAAAUCCAGACCUACCUCCAACGCGAAGCACCAUUGCGGGUUCGACGUUGAGCUUUCAAACCUCAAGAACGAGAUGCUGUCCAUCUUCGACGGAUCACCCUUUAAGUUUCUACAGGGAAUAUCUCAGAAGAUAGUCGCCACCGACGAUGAAUUGCAGAGGGACAAGGUGGUCUCUACCAUCUCUGAGAUCCACCAGAGUGUCGGCACCGUGUGCUGCGAAUUCUCGAGUAUGUCUCAACGACUUUUGGAGUCACAUGGUCCACAAAGCGGGAAAUACGAUUUGGCUAGGCGGUUGGAGCGCGAGUCUUCGCUCAUCGACAGCCAAGUCGACGAUGUUCUCAUGACUCUUUGGGAGCACGGCAUAGAUUAUUUCCGACAGCGUUUUGCACGCGGCCUUCUUCGGCUCGCCACCUGGUGGUCCCUUCGCUCUGCCGUACUACACAAUUUCGGCGACAAUAAGGUCAUGAACGACCUCUCAGAGAAGUUUAGGAGGUGGACGACAAUCAAACAGGACAGGCAUCUCAAGUACUACUGGACUCUCUGGAAGUUGUCCGCUGAAUCAGAGGUCCUUCUUUCCAUGGAGGUCGAUUGGUGGGCGGGAUUCUGCCGAGACUGGGUUGUGCGCUGGCCAAUCACUCCCGAAAGCCCGCUUCGUCUCAAGUUCCACCCCAAUUCCAAGCUGACACCUCAGCAAAAGGGCGAACGGGCAAUGGUGUACCUGAGGACGCCGCCAAUGCCGAAGGAGAAGGUCCCCAAGCGCCUCAGGAAGAAGGCGCCCGGAGAUGCUUCACGCAAGCGAGGCGCCCCUGGCUGGGCUACGCCUGCGCAGCUCGCGUGGCUCAUGGCAAGACUUCCCGACUACGUUGCGCGUGUUCCCUCCAGGAACUAUGAGCCCUUCUGGGUUAGGACCAAUCAAGAGUGGUUCCGUGACUUCCCCGAGGACACCGGAGACCCGACGCGUAAGCUGACUCAUCAGGAGGCAAAUGUCCUGGUUGCGCGCACCAAGGCUCGUGUUGAACAACUCCAGCGAUGGUUCCGGUGGCAUGGGCGCGGAGCUAGUGCCUGUGGACGCUCCCUUGGUCCCAAGGCGACGUCGGUCAUCGAAGAUCUCUUGGAGCCCCGUUCUCGCCUCAGCAAGAAAUGGGAGAUCUACUCCAAACUCUACUACGACAAGCGCAUCGCCCCCCUCGUUGAUCAGGAACUCAAGGACGCCCCCAAGGUCAUCGCCAUUCGAAAGCUCGACAUCAUCAAGAAGCACGCUAUCGAGCUCCUUUCGCAUGAGGAGGACGAGGUCAUCGCCGAAGUCGAGGCCUACAAGGAAGCUCAGGAGGCCGCGUUCGAGGCUAGGAAGAAGAUGAAGCAAGGCGACGCUGUCACCUCGGAGGAGCAAGUGGAAUGCGCUCGGAUGGCUGUCAUGAACCUGUCUACCGCUCUCAAGGAGAUCCUGUCGCACUGCUCGAUGAAGACCAAGGGUGGGCUGUCAAAGGGAUGGGUUUUCUCCGUUCUCGUUGGUGGCAAUGAUCCUGUAUCCGGUGAACAAGUCAUGGGAUCGUACGUGUUCCUUUUCGUGCAUGUGGGUCUAUCCCCCUCCGGGCGCGACUUCGGGAAGGAGUCGGCGAGUUGGGAUGCUGUUUUGAAGGAAUUCGCUGGUUUUGCCCGCACGGCAGAUGUUCCUGCUCCUGCACAGCCUAUUAUCAGCGAUGCCGACAGCGAUAAAGCCGCAGCUAUCAAAACCACCGGAGCUGUUGAGGUCGCCGGUGCUGAGAAGACCACUGGCGCUGUCGAGACCGCCGGCGCUGUCGAGACAACCGGAGCUGUCAAACCCACCAGCACUGUCGAGACCGCCGGCGCUGUCGAGACAACCGGCGCUGUCGAACCCACCGGCGCUGUUGAGACGACCGGCGCUGUCGAGACCACUGGCGUCGCUGAGACCACCGGAGCUGUCGAAACCGCCGAGGUUGCCAACACCACCGAGGUUGCCAACACCACCGAGUUUGCCAACACCACCGAGGUCGCCAACACCACCGAAGUCGCCAACACCGUCGAAGUCCUCAACGCCACCGAUGCCGUCACCGCCACUGAAGUCGUUAACACCAUCGAGAUGCAGAACCAACUCCAGGGCGUGCUUGCCAACAACGCGCUGCACAUACUUCCUCCCAAAGACGAGACUUCCAACGAUGUGUCAUUGAUGGAGUCGGCUCCGCAGACUGUUCAACAAGGCCCCAAUGUGCUAACAGGAGGCGCCGCCGUGGCUACUCCUUCCAUGGCCAUGUCCUGCCUUCAAAAUUAUCCCUCCUACCUCGAUAUGUCGUUAACUACGCAGUUCAUGCCGGCGUCUCAAGAUGCUCUCGAUGUUCUCCUCAAUCCGUCCUCCUUGGACGACAUGACGUUUGCUUGGAACUUUCCCAUCAUCCCGAUGCCAGACACCGACACCGUCACUUUGCCGGCUGUGCCUAGCGACCCUUUUGCAGACUUGCCUGAUCUUAUCCCCGACACGCCUUUCGGGGGCAUUGGCCCGGGCUUGGGAACUGAGAGGCCAGCCACGCCGCUUGCUAUCUCAUCAACGACGUCAUCAACAACAUCAUCUGACGUGGGUAGUGCCCCUCUUUCGACGCCGUCCUGGCCAUGUCUCCCUGGAGAGCAGACUGCGGCCGAGAUCUCUGCAGCGGCUAUUGCCGAAGCCAUGGCUGCUCCGCAUGUGCAAGUGAGGCUCAGCCCAGCGAAGAAGGCCGACGGCGCGUCACGCAACAAGUCCGCCGGAAAGUCCACCUUGGUUUCCCCCGGGAAGAAGCGCGUGCGCACACACGAGGCGAGCAUUGCGAACUCCCCGGUUAAGAAGAAAACCCGACCGACAACCGAAAACGCGACUCCGCCUGUCAACGAGCCCCGACGGGGCUCUUGCAGCCACCACCCGGCUAAGGCCUCAGCCCUCAAGAACGCCAUCGGUGUAAGCCCCAAGAUGACAGCCACAGGUGCGGUUACUCGGGACAUGCUACGGGCGCUGGCGUCCCUUCUUGACCCUCUCUCACCCCUUGAUUCUGUUGUUCUUUCUGCCGCCACCGCCGCGUUCUACGGUCAAUGCCGCCUCGGGGAGAUCCUCUCUCGUUGGGAAGACACUUUCAUUGCUGACCACACCGCCCUACGUUCCCACUUAUCUGCUCCCUUGAACGCCAAUCGCUCCCGCAAACUAUUUCUUCCAUUCACCAAAGUGGCAAAAUCACGCGGGGAAUCCGUCUACAUUUGUCGCCAGGUCGAUAACUCUGAUCCUAUCACCGCGCUAGAACUCCAUCUCGGUCGCAAUGAUCCCCCCGCUGCCGUUCCCUUGUUCUCCUUCCGGGUCGGUGACCGCGGUCGCUUUAAAUGUCUCACCAAACGUAAGUUCCUGGCCCGUUGCAAUGCCAUCUGGCUUUCCUCGGGUUUCAGCUCCUCCUCUGGUCACGCUUUUCGGAUUGGAGGUACUACUGAGCUACUGCUCGCCGGGGUUCCUCCUGACGUCGUAAAGACCAUGGGCCGUUGGUCUUCAGACGCGUUCCUGCGUUACUGGCGCUCACUCGACCUUCUCGCCCCCCUGCAUGUGGAGCUUCUCGCCCCGGCUUCAGACUCUUCCCUACCUCUCGCUGUUGUCCCUUCGGUCUCUGCUCACUUCCGUCCCCACCGGUCUACUUAG